GGUGUACGAUACUGAGCUCCAAGAUCCGGCGAUUAAAAGCGACCUUCAGCUUUGGAAGCUCAGCUCAACAACUCAAAGAGGCGACGCUGAUACAACGAUGCGACUGUAAUCAACAUCACCUUAUACCAGACGAAGAACCCUGCGACGCCUCCAAAGGACGUCACCGACUAAAACACCAACCACGUUGCGCUGGCGGACAUGUUGAGAAAACACCAGAUGCUAGGAUGAGCUUGGAUCCUUUAGCCCCCGUCGCUCCUGCGAGGGUGAAGACACUUCUUUUACCUCUGGGCCAGAUCAAAGCAGACCGAUUCGCCUCCUUCGUCGAGCGACUCAACAGGGAACAUGUUGUUCACCUCCGCGACAUCAGCGCUGAUGGCCGACCUAAUAGGAACAUGUUCUCGCCUCUGGCAUACCCAGACGGCGCCAUAAUAUACAACCUUGUUACUCACGUUCCUCCUCCCUCCCACCUCGCCCUGACGCCCUUCGACUUAUACCGAGAGCCCCUUGCUAUAAUAGCUCUGGCAGAUGGCACCGAACUACACCAAAAGAGCUUCAACAAGCGACAGUCGAUAAACGGUACAGGCCCGACGACGACUGAGAAGAACAUUAGAGCUUUAUACCAGGAGCUAGAAGACCUGCGCGACAUGUACCCCAAGGCUCUGGUACACCAAGUCCUACUGUUCGAUUAUGCCAACCCUCACGAUACCGAGAUUCCAAUGCCCGAGGGCCUUGUCGAUAUUCCUCCUCUCGAGAACUGCACUGUGACUACGCUAAGGACUGUUAUGUGCGACAUCUCUUCGCUUCUCCUAGCUGAGAUGACAACCUUGGCCAAAUCCUUCGAGGCCAUGACCAACAUCGACUCCCCAGUGCCUUAUUCGUCUACUUCAAAACAUACUAAUGGUGGUUCCUGGGGUGGCGAAGGAGGGUUGAAUGGGCUCCUUAGGAGAGGCUCGAGUAUCUCUUCACGACAUUCCGUGCGCUCUAACUCAGCGGGCGGUAUUAUGGACAAGACACAGGCCCGCAUGUCUAUGCCAGCCAACGCCCGUCCAGGACUUCAUUCGAGCAGUUCAACGCCAGGGUUGUCAUCGACACCUCCAAAGAGCAGCUUAUCGAAUCCACCCAUCACCACGGAUAGUCAGAGCCCGCCAGCUAGUGAUCGAUCAACACCGGACCCACAACCUGCACCGCAAGAGACUACAGAAAGCUCCCGGUCAGCUAGUCGCGAUAGGAUUUCAACGCAGGGCUUUGGUUCGGGUGGUGUGAAUGACCGCUGGAGGCUAAGAACCAAAGGCCGAGCAGCGGUUGUCGUUGGUUCCAUGUUUCUUCAGGCUGGACGAUGGACGGAUUCGAUUAAAGAGCUCAGCGAUGGUGCUAUGGCUGCGCGAUCUGUAAAUGAUCAUCUAUGGCAUGGAAAAGCAUUGGAACUGAUCUUGGUUAACCUGUUCCUCCUUGGCUGGUCCAACAUCGAGUUCCAUGUACCUACAGUACUGAUCCAAUUCCCGGAUAAGCCAACGCACAAGCAAACGCCAGACCCGACUCCUGAAGACCCGGAUCAACCAAAACAUCUUAGAAAUCUCCAGUGGCUGCUACCGGAGCUUCUGGAACGUAUAAUAGCGUUAUACUCCAGAGUAUCAUCGGACAGCCUCCCUCCAUUACCCAUGUCUGAGGCCUUCAUUCGAUUUUCCAAGAUAUACUCAGCUCUUCACCUAUGUAACGGUUACCUAAACCGAGAAUCUCUAGCCAUGAUUGCUACGGGGAUUGUCCCCGAGCAGCCAUAUGUUGCACCUCCACGGUUUGGUGUAACACCCUCCAGACAACAGAUCGGAGCGAUGCUCUUCAAGGCUUUCCCUGCGGGCGCUUCCGAACUUCUUACAACUGUUGACCGAGCGUCAGUUCUGAGCGGCAUAGCAACUGUUCUGGGACCCUUGGGACUUCACCGAAAGAAGGCCAUGGUGAUUCGGGAGCUGGUGUCUGUCCUUAUCGGUGGUCUUGUCGAGGCGCGAACUCGAGGUGCUGCAGACAUGGGUAUUCAUCCUGCUGCCGGACUGAUGUCGUUGACCUCAGGAGGAGGUGGAUCAAGCAGUGGCUCCAUGGCUCUAGAGAUUGGAGAAUGUGACGUUGAACAGGGCAUAGAAGCUCUGAUGACCCUUCUCUGCAAAUCUUACGGCAUUGUUGGGUUUGAUUUGACAAGAAAGGCGGGUGCUAAGAACAACGAAGAUGUUGAUGACUCAGACGAAGCUGUGAUUGCUAGGAUACGCGGCCAGUCUGCGGCGCGCUUUUUCGGAUUUCCAGAUGUCAAGCUCAACAUUCUAAGGGCUUGCAUCAACUUCUCUGAAGCACUUCCAGAUUUCGAUGGUGUUUUGCGAUUCUCGAGUGAUCUGUUGCGAACAGCCGGUUCCGGUGUUGCUCCAGGGCCUAGGAGAGAGGACGCCUCACCUAUGAUCACCCGAGACGAGCAAGUUCGAUUAGCUACUGGCAUAUCGAGGACCGCAAAUCUCGUACAGAGGCUGGGCUACAAUGACAUAGCAGCUGAGUACUGGGAUGAAUUCUUUGUUCGAGGUAUCAAGCUUGAACCGUCACUCAACAGCAAAACGCCAGUAGCUCAUUCCAAGAGUAUCCUUCCUGGUGCUACCGCUAGUCGUGCAUCCCAAGAUCUUGACCCUUUCAUCUACAACCCAUUCCUAAAGAAACCAGACGAGUUGGUAAACCAGACUCUUGUGGCUGAUGAAUACGCUACAUUCAAGAUCACACUACAGAACCCUUAUGAUAUCGAAGUGGAUGUUGAAUCUGUUCACCUGGCUACCGAGGGCGUGCAGUUCGAUGCUGUCAAGGAGGCCACUGUGGUCGGACCAUACCGAACGCAGGUGAUCCGAUUAAGGGGAAGGGCAAAGGAAGCUGGAACUGUCAAGGUCACAGGUGCUAUUAUCAAGGUCCGAGGAUGCCGUGAGCGACGAUUCCCUGUUUUCUCCAUGCCUUGGACGCCAAAGCAGGAAGUCAAGGUCAAGGCCAAAGGUUUGGCUGCACUCGAGGAAGCGGUCACAGAUGUUAAGCCGUUUGCCCCAAAGCUCGAGGCUGAAAGCUUGAGUCUCACUGCUAUUCAAGCACAACCCCUGGUAAUUGUCAAGUCCACAACGCUUGCGCAGUCCUCCAUCAUGAUCCUGGAGGGUGAGAGGCAGGUGUUUUCAGUGACGCUACAGAAUCUUGCAUCCACGCCAGUCGAUUUUAUGCUCUUCUCCUUUAAGGACUCCACACAGGAACCGCUUCAGACUGCAAUCAAUAACAGAGAUGCGACACCCUCUGAGCUCUAUGAGUACGAGCUUGCGCUGAUGAAGAAGCAGGCGCUGCGACUUCCCAACAGCCAACAGACUCGUCAUAUUGCACCUAACGGAGAGGCUACCUUUGACUUUGAGAUUCUUGGUAAGCCCGGACUCACAGCGGCUACGAUCCAGGUCGACUACACUCAUCUGGGAUGCCCGCAAGAAGAGAUGCCUGAUCAGUUCUACACACGACAGGUUUCUCUGGAUCUUACCGUGACGGUGAAUGCUAGUGUUGAGCUUGCUCGAAUCGAUGCCCUACCCGUGCAUGGAGAGAUUCCUCAGCCCCUGUGGGAUCGCUUAGGCAGUUCCUUUACUGCCAAACCUGAUGAGUACUGUCUCUUGUCUGUGGAUCUUCGCAACGCCUGGCCCAGCCAGAUGGUAGUGCAACUGGAGAGCAACGAUGGCAUUUCUGUGCAGGAAGAUAUCUUGCCUGGAAAUACGAGCCGUGUCAUUCUUCCAGUCAAAAGAGUGUAUCUUGAGGAUCCUCAUGCCACAAUACCAACCCUCAACCCCUCGCGAAAUCGGCAAUUUGUGGUUAGCGCCAGCAAGAUUUCACCUGAAAUGGAGCGAGCGAAUCGAGAAGCGUUUUGGUAUCGAGAGAGGGUUCUAAGCUGUCUCAGAGCUACGUGGAAGACGACGUCACUACCUAAAAGGAGUGGCUCGAUCGAUCUGAGAAGCAUACGACUGACCUCGAGAAUGAUCGAAGCAAUCAAGGUUGACGAGGUUGACAUUGAUAUCUCGGUCGAAGAUAAGGAUGGAAAUGCAGCUGAAAAGGAUGUAGCAUACGUCGAUGAGUUUAUGCAACUUAGGGUACGCCUCACGAACCGGACAGCUCAGAAGAUCCAUCCUCUGGUGAGAAUUCUCCCGGCACUUCGCCAUCGGCCUGCAAAUGUUGGGCUGGAGUUUACACGGAAGCUUGCUUGGAACGGUACUCUACAGCAGCUCAUCCCUGUGUUAAAGGGGCACGGAAGUGCCGAGAUUUCAGUAGGCAUGACAGUGCUAUGCCGUGGAGAGUUUGAAAUUUCAGCAUCAGUAGAAGAGGUACAGGUUUGGGAUGAGCCCAGAAGUGAACCGACAAGAGCGAGAUCUGAGUCCCAAACGAUGAUGGACGCGGCUCUCGGAGUUAAGGAGAGAAGGAUCUGGCAUGCGAGACAACCUUGUCUAUUGAUGACGAGAGAUCGCUAAUUGAGAGAAUGAGGAGGGAUUCUGAUGGCGAUGGUGGUAGGGAUCUGUGGCUUUAUACGUUGGCGUCAUUAAAUAAUGGAGAUUUGUGCUACGACGCGAUGUAGAUAUUUAGCGAAUAGCAAAGAAAGCGGUCAAUAACCUUUGAUAUGAAGUUGCCCCUGUAAAUUCACAUGCUGGAGUAGAUGGUUGUUGAUGA